AUGGUGCGAAAAAUGUCGUUAGCGAACAAAACACCGUCCGCCGAGCAUUCAGGUGAAGAGGUCACUCGAGUGACGGCCGCUGUAGCCGCACCAGUCUGUCUCGAUCCAACGGAUACAACACAAAUGCUUUAUAGUUAUACUAUGCAGUAUGCGAGAGCUCUGCUUCGGCACGAGAUUAAGAUUACUGAGAGUCCAAUCACCCCCAAUCCCCAAUCUCAAGUAAGUAACAACCCACAUAAGGCCAGCAAUCCACUUGUAACUUUUUUGGUGUUGUCCAUGGACGGCGCUGAUUACUUAUCAUCAGGUGAGGUGGGCGUGGCGCGCAGGUGGGCAGGUGCGCGCGGUGGGCGGGGCCUCGCACCUGAGCCUCCCCGCCAGAAAUUCAAUAUAUUUGAAAAGAUGAACAAUAAAAGUAAACAUGAGGUUGGGCGCCGCACCUCGGAGGAGCUGAUGCAAAGCAAACAGCACGAGAGCGCUCUGCGCAGCGGUGCGCCUGCGCAAGGUACACGAGGCGACAAUAACACAACGAUGGAGCGACACGCGCGCCGCCGCGCCGCACGUGUACACCUCGCCCUUGAACCAUCGCGCGCUCUGACCGCGCCGUACGCGCACCACCGCUGGUACCGCACCGUGUCCCGCCGUGCUGCGCCGCGUCGCGUCGUGCUGCGCCGCGUCGCGUGUUGUCGUAUGGACAGCGCCAGUGUCGCGCGGUCCGAGACACUGAGAGAGGUCGCUCGUGCCGCCACAGCGCGUAUUGACAACACAUCAUAUGCUCAUCUCAGUGCUACAGCGGCCGCCGACCAGCUCCGCGGCACCAACAAAUAUACAGACGAUGUUAUUAUUCGUAAUCGUGAACACAAAGCACUUGACCUGAACAAGUUGCAGAUACUACUAUUAGCCAGCUACCACUGGACUGGGACAGCUCUGUGUGCUGUAGUCAUCGUCCGUCUUGUACGGCGCGGCUCUACACAAUAUUUGCAUUUUAUUCUCCGACUCCCGCCGCCCGCCGCCGCCCGGGGCGCCCGCGCCGUACUCCGCGGCUCCGGCCCAGCUCCGUCGAGAUCGCUUUAUGUGCUUCAGCCGAGCUCUCGAGCUCGAGAGUGGCUAGAGGACCACGGCAUCCAUCCGCCUGGCGCUGGUGCUUGUCGGACAUUGAAGUUUCGUGAGGUAAGCCCGAGCGUACGGCGCGUAGCGUUCCGCACGCGCCUCAAAGAGCCAAUAGACCACCACAGACGGGGCCCUAAAGGGCUGAUGUUCAGCCGGGGUUGCGGGGUAAGCGCAAUGAGGUACCGCGACCUCGGCACAGAGCAGGAGAAGGAACAGGGGGAUGCCAUGCAGCAUGCUGCGCAGUGUCUCCUCUGCGCCACCGCAGCAGGCGGCUGGUCACUGUGGCGCACUCGUGAGAACGGCGCGCAUGUGUCGUACACACUCUUAUUGGCGCACAUACUUUUUAAUUACCUCUACAUCAUUUAG